GGAAAGUGCUUGUAGAGGGGGAGGGGUGUCCCGUCGGCACGGCAGACAGGCAGACAGCAGCUGCGGAGGCAGGACCCGGCACCGUUACUCCACAUUAGAAAUAAAAAUCUUCACAUUACGGCUCUCAGCCCCGAAAACACCCGAAACAGCAACACACACCCCGCCACCUAAAGAUGGUAGACCGCGAGCAACUGGUGCAGAAAGCCAGGCUGGCCGAGCAGGCGGAGAGGUACGAUGACAUGGCCGCUGCCAUGAAGUCGGUCACAGAGCUGAAUGAAGCGCUCUCCAACGAGGAGAGGAACCUCCUCUCUGUGGCCUAUAAGAAUGUGGUCGGGGCGAGGCGUUCCUCCUGGCGGGUGAUCUCCAGCAUUGAGCAGAAGACAUCGGCCGAUGGCAACGAGAAGAAGAUCGAGAUGGUACGGGCCUACCGGGAAAAGAUCGAGAAGGAGCUGGAGUCUGUGUGCCAGGACGUGCUCAACCUCCUGGACAACUUCCUGAUCAAGAACUGCAACGAGACGCAGCACGAGAGCAAGGUGUUCUACCUGAAGAUGAAGGGCGACUACUACCGCUACCUGGCUGAGGUGGCCACAGGGGAGAAGAGGGCCUCUGUGGUGGAGUCCUCCGAGAAGUCGUACAGUGAGGCCCACGAGAUCAGCAAGGAGCACAUGCAGCCCACCCACCCCAUCCGCCUGGGCCUGGCCCUCAACUACUCCGUCUUCUACUAUGAAAUCCAGAACGCCCCCGAGCAGGCGUGCCACCUGGCAAAGACCGCCUUCGAUGACGCCAUCGCUGAGCUGGACACCCUCAACGAGGACUCCUACAAAGACUCCACUCUCAUCAUGCAGCUGCUACGAGACAACUUGACGCUGUGGACAAGCGACCAGCAGGACGAUGAGGGAGGCGAGGGCAACAACUAAGAGUCUGACACCUCAUUCUGCCAAAACGCAACACGCGCGCUCACAAACGAUGACGAAAACAAUAAUUGUUUAAAAUUCUUAAUUUAAAAACAAAUUAAAUGGGGAGGGGUUGGGUGGGGGCGAUGGAACGUUGGCUCUUAAGUUUAGCCGACGAUUCCGAUGCAGCUGCUGUUCUUUAUUUUUCCACAAAUUAAAAGUAAAAAAAAAAGUGAGAAACCUAAGAGGGAAGACGCGUUUAGUUUGAGAAACAAGCUACGAUUUAAAAAAAAACAGCAUUCAAGAAUGAAACCCUCUCUUUGAUGGCCUCUGCGGCAUUUGCCACAGCUUUAGCAGCAAGGCGAACGUUGUUGGUUCCAGUCUGGAUUUUAGGGUCGUGACUCCUUUACAGCGAGACUGGCCUCGCAGCGCAAAUGAAGCAGAGCUGUCUUUACCUACUUAAGGUGGAGGAGCGUUCGGAAAGUCCGUUUUGGUGCUUGAGCAGCGAGAAAAUUAGCCUAACGCUGAAUGUCACGGCCUUGCUUAGAGGGAGUGCAGACUGGUCCCAGAGACGACGACGACGGCGGCGGGUUUCGUAGGUGCCAGACUCGUCGAGUUAACUAAACGUACCGACAUCUUUAGUUGCGCGGCAGCCUGUACGGUCGUUGAGCGGAGAGCAGGUUCCAUCUGUGGUCGAGGAGAAGGCGAACAGGUUUUUGUUUGCUCUGUGUCAGGUGUGUGUUCGUCACACGGUCAGUCAUACUGUAACUAAAAAUGCAAACACACAGUAAACUUAGUGCAGCUUGUCCCUCUCAUGUGCUGAUGUGCUUUCUUGAAUAAAUUAACUGUUUUUGGACGCCUAAUUCCUAUUGUCGAUGUUGUCUUCACUGUGACACCUUCUAUCGGCUCCUCUUGUGUUGGAGGGGAACCCGGUCGAGGUCCAGGUCACGCAGCUCCAGCCGACAGGUGUGAAACCACCACAAACCAGAAUAACAAACCCAGUUUGUGAAGUGAGCACAUGCAGUGUUAAAGCAGGAGCUGUACGAGCAGAUCUAAGGUUUGUGGAUUUGUUUGGAACGCACUCGCCUACUAAACCGUCUCUUCUCGGUGUCCGAUGAUGCUCCAAUAUUCUCCAGAAAUACAAUAUUGUGCAUGCUGGUGAUGUAUUUAUACCGUAGCUUCGAUUUAUUAACUUAUACAGUAGAUGUUAUGUAUUCAUAUGAACAUGACCUUAAUCAGAUUAUUUCUAUUUAUUUUGUUGCUAUUGUUAGCUAGCUCUUCUUUUAAUCUGUGUUUUCUUUACUCAUUGGCUAAAGUACGCUAUACCAAAACAGUGAUUGUCAACAAUAAAUCGAUCUGUUAUGGACA